AUGACUCUCACAAUUAGCCUUUCUCGUCUAAAUUUGGUCAAUAUUGAAUUUUUCGAGAUACAAGAAAUCACUCUUAUAGAGACUAAAUUGUUAGAGACUUAUCAUGAGGACCAACUACUAUACUCUAUAAACCAUCCUUAUGAGUUAUUAGAACAAUCAACUAUAAUUACAUGCAUGCAUAAUUCGGUCCUUCGACUUAUAUUAAAGAUACCAAUCUUAAAGCCACAAGUUCAAUCACUCUAUCAGAUCUUCCCACUUACAAGAGCGGAUGAUACAAUGCUACUUAAUCCUACUGAAUUUUACUCUAAUAAAGUUUGGUAUGAUAAGUGCAUCUUGCACAAGGAAACAAAAUAUAUUUGCAGUAAUCCUAGACCAAGCAAUUGCAGUUUCGAUCAACAAAUAAAAAGUUGUCUGCACGUCAAACUACUUCAUACAAUGGACUACUACAAGAUUACACAGAACUUUGUUGUCAUUACAAACAGAGAUCCCGCGACCAUUGGAUGUCCUACGUCAUGGAAAUGUAACAUGUACAUUGUAAACCGCAACUGCAGUGUUGACCCGUUGCCGUAUCAGCUUCCGCAAGUCGCCCUGCCAGAACUACCGCCGUCAUUCCAAAUUCACUUAGAGGAAAUCCGCAUACCCGGAGGCACUCAUCUAGAGGCUGUUCAAAGAAUCACUCUGCCCGAAGUAGUCUCCUGGACCGUGCAGUCAGUCUGCGGUUUUCUGUUCUUAACCUUACUAUUAUUUGUAGUUAUCAAACGCAAGCGAAUCCACCGCUUGUUUAUAGGAUCAAAGCCAACCGUCGCUGCCCUACGCUCCGUUCUAAGGGGGGAAGAGUUAUGUAAUCAGGCCAAACUCGAUUCACCCGACGGACGGUUCCAACCGUUAGCCACCAAUCCACCCACCGUGGACCCUCAAUCCGACGUUAGCCGAACACAGUCGGCGUGA